AUGGAAGUGAAGCGAAUUGUAAAACAUUGGAGUAAAGGUGUGAUCGUUAAAUUACUUGGUCACAUAGUUGGAUUCAAAGCAUUGGAAAAUAGAUUGAACAUCUGUUGGGCCAAACAUGGAGUUCUUAACAUCGUUGACCUUGGGCAAAAGUAUUACUUGGUCAACUUCACUAAUAAAGAAGAUCAAAAGAUUGCUAUAACAAAUGGAUUAUGGCUCAGUUUUUACCAUUAUUUAUCGGUGAGGGCUUGGUGCUCGAAUUUAUGCCAUAAUAGAAAAGCCAUUGUUAAUCUUGUAGUGUGGGUAAGGAUUUUCGGAUUACCUAUUGAAUGCUAUGAUAACAGGGUGUUAACCUCCAUCAGUGAUUGUAUCGGAAAAACGUGA